AGCAUUUCUGUUUAUCUGUUGACAUAUGCAGAAGUAUGUGAAGUACAAUUUAAUGAGAAACUAACCAUUAAGCAUUAAAUGUUCAUCUUUCAGAGGUAACAAAAGAAAUGUAUGAACUUGGUUGCAAAAUAAAAGCAUGUGACCAACACACUGAGUUGAAAGAACAGGCAGACCUCAUGCGCCAACUUGGACAAGAGUAUAUCAAAUCAGCAGAGACAUCUGAUAUCUGGUAUGAACACUACAUUUGGUCCUGUGCCUUAUAUAAUGCAGCCAAAUGUCGAAUAAAGAAACUGAUUAGAAAACAAACUGAUGGCACAAACACAGCUCUUGAGCAUGACUUGGAACACAUUGACAAACAGCUCCAGCUUAUAGAAAGCAACUUUGUAGAGAAGUGUUGGGCCACAAAACAUUGCGAACUAUCAACAAAAACCACAACACAGAAGUACAACAAUAUACUUGAAAAUAUACGAGAGUACUCGAACACAACCGUAAAUGACAUAAUUGAGAAAUACAUGGUAGUUGAUGAUGUGACCACAGAAAUGAAAGAGGAAGAUGAAGACAACACAAUAAAGCACAGCAAGGUGUUUUAUAAUGGACUUACACAACAGCUUUUAGAUUUUUAUAAAUCUAUCAUCAAUGAUUGUAUUUCUGUUUUAGGACAUCCCGAUUGUAAGUUUGCAUUCUUAGCACUAGGUUCCCUAUCCCGAAAAGAGGUCACUGCUUAUUCAGAUGUUGAGUGGGCAAUACUGUUUGAUCCCUUAGAUAAACCGGUAGAUCAAAUCAAAACACAACUGCGCAUGAUAGCCUAUUACAUGCAUUUGAAAGUGCUUAACUUGGGGGAAACAUUGUUGAACUGCUUAGACAUACCUGUUCUGACAGAUUAUAACAAACACCUACCCCUUGACAUGAAAGACAAUGACUUUUAUGACAAAGCAACCACCAGGGGAGUUUCUUUCGAUGGGACACAACCUUGGGCUAGCAAGACAGCUAUUGGCAGGAAAUCAGGAGUAGAUCCCAAUAAACCUCCCAGACUUGAACUAAUCAUGACUGUUGAUGAGAUGAGCAAGCUUCAGUUCACAGAUGAAUCAAUCAAAGAGGGCUAUCACCUUAGUGACGUUCUUAUGACAUCAACACUCAUAACUGGAGAAUUUAACUUAUGGAAGGAGUACAAUGAAAAAGUACAUUCCAUAUUAUCAUCCCCAUCCAAAACUAAUCCAGAUGUCACUAUAGGUAGAGAACGGGCAAUAAGAACACUGAAGAAAGAUUUAGAAAAAUACAGUGAAAACCCUCUGUCAUCAGAAUCAUUCACUCAGAAAAUGCAUACAAAACAUGAUAUAUACAGAUUUGCUACAAUCACAAUAAAUAUCCUGAAACUCAUGCAUGGUUGCUCAUCAUUUGCGCCCCUAGAUGUGCUAGAGGAAUUGCAAGGGAAGGGAAUCAUAACUGAAGGGGCAACUAAAGAUCUACAAAUCAUGGUUUGUAGUGUCAUUAAUCUUAGACACAUGGUCUAUGGAAGGUAUAAGCAACAAAAGGAAUUCAUAUCAUUCUUACCAAGUGACUGUCAUGAUGACGAAACAACAGAAGUGAUGCCGGUCAGAAGUUUUACUGCCAUUCUAAGAUUUUUUAACACAUUCAUGCCCUGGUGUGAAUUCCUCAGAUUAAACUUGGAAGUAAGUAACACCUGGGAAUAUAGCAAGACAUACCUCGAAGGAAACAAUGAAGUGAAAGCAAAAUUAUAUAAAAACAUUUUCUUCUUCAAGAGGGCAUUGCAUGCUUAUGAAACAGAGUUAAAGGCACUUGAAAACCAUGAAGGAGGAGAGCAAGAGUUGAAAACAGUUUCCAUACAGACUGAAAUAGGUUCUCUGUAUUUGUCACAAGGCUGCUACUCAGAUGCAGUGCAGCAUUAUAAAAAUAGCCUGAAAAUAAGCAGAAAAAUCAAUGAUGAAAUAUGGGUCUCUGUAUCACUUAACAACAUGGGCCAUCUGUAUCAUAAAAUGGGAGAUCAGAUGAAAGCACUGGAAUAUCAUCAAGAAAGUCUGAAAAUGUAUAGACUAAUCCACAUAGACAGUCCUAACAUACUGGUUGCUAAGUUACUUAACAACAUAGGCCUUGUGUAUAAGAGCCUGGGAGAUCUGACUAGAGCUCUGAAAUACUAUCAAGAAAGUCUGACAAUGAGAACACUUAUCCACGAAGACAGUCCCCACCCAGAUGUGGCUAAGUCACUUAAUAAUAUAGGCCUUGUGUAUAGUGAUCUGGCAAAUCUGACUAAAGCACUGAAAUAUCUUAAAGAUAGUGUGACAAUGUAUAGGCUAAUCUACAAAGACAGUCCCAACCCAGAUGUUGCUUCUUUACUUAACAACAUAGGCUAUGUGUAUAAAAAACUAGGAGAUCUGACUAAAUCACUGAAAUACCACCAAGAAAGCCUGAAAAUGUAUAGACUAAUCCACAAAUACAAUCCCCACCCAGAUGUUGUUAAGCCACUUAGUAACAUAGGCAAUGUAUAUAACGAUAUGGGAGAUCUGACUAAAGCACUGGAAUAUCAUCAAGAAAGUCUGGGAAUGUCUAGACUAAUCUACAAAGACAAUCCCCAUCCAGAUGUUGCUAUGUCACUUAAUAACAUAGGCAAAGUGUAUAAUGACAUGGGUGAUCUGUCUAAAGCAUUCAGAUAUCAUCAAGAAAGUCUGACAAUGUAUAGACUUAUCCACGAAGACAGUCCCCACCUAGAUGUUGCUACUUCACUUAAUAACAUAGGCCAUGUGUAUCAUAAAAUGGGAGAUCAGAAAAAAGCAUUGGAAUAUCAUCAAGAAAGUCUGAAAAUGUCUAGACUAAUCUACAAAGACAACCCCCAUCCAGAUGUUGCUACGUCACUUAACAACAUAGGCAAUGUGUAUCAAAAAAUGGGAAAUCAGAUGAAAGCACUGGAAUAUCAUCAAGAAAGUCUGACAAUGUACAGACUAAUCUACAAAGAUAGUCCUCACAUACAUGUUGCUAUUUCACUUAACAACAUAGGCAGUGUGUAUUAUGACAUGGGAGAUAUGACUAAAGCACUUGAACAUCAUCAAGAAAGUUUAACAAUGAGAAGACAAAUCUACAAAGACAACCCCCAUCCAGAUGUUGCUACAUCAUUGAUGAAAACAGGUAUUACACAUGAGGGAAUGGGUAAGCACACAGAAGCUUUGUCUUAUUACUUUGAAGCUCUAAACAUUGCUCAUCAGUACGGAGGGGAUUCACACCCUGAUUACAUUAAAGCAUUGGAAUUGAUUGAUGAGUGUAAGGAAUGAAACCUAUGUUUCUGCACUCUUAUAUGACACUGACUUAAACAUGAUCAUAUGAACAAUCCAGGACUCCUAACAGAAAAGGAAGUCUUAUAUUUUGAAAUGUUACUGAAAUUCUUGGCUAAAGUCUUAUUUCAAUAUUAAGUAAACAAUUCAGAAACUACUCAACCAAAUUUUAUGAUCACCAUUUUGUUCACCAUUUUUAGAGAUUAAAACCCACUCCCAAUCUCCAAGUUCAUUUGUGCAAAGCCAUAUUAGGUAAUGUACCCAGUCCAUAUAACUCCAUUGAUACUAUGUCAGUUAUAAACCCAUACUGUUUGACACUAGACUGGGAAUAAAUUAGAAACAAAUCUGAGGACACACACUUGUUUUUUCACUUUUUCAUCAUUUAAGAGAUGGAGGUCCACUCUAAUCUUACAGUUCCUCUGCACCAACUGGAUCAUACAUGUAUUAAGUAAGGUAGCCAAGGCAUACACAUAGGCUCCUAUGUUGGUACCCAUAUGGCUCGACUGACACUGACAGACCAAUCUGACAGCCUAGAGAUCUAAAACUUGAAUGAGUUUGUCACAAAUAGAACAGGCUUAUUCUAUGUAGCUAGAACUGGUAUCUAAGUGUCUACUUGUGGGUCAGACUGAAGUUAUGAUCUAUAUUCGUAAAAAUAAUUUACGAAAGGACAAUGUUUUUGCUUCACUCUUCCAUUGAUAACACUACCAUUCAUAUUUUUCAGUCAGCCUCUCUACUUUAAUAGGAGGGAUAUAUCUCUCAAUCUUCUGAUGUGUUCUUAGGAAGACUAAAUCUUUUAAAGCUAUUGGUCUUCCUCUCUUUAAACAAACUAUGCCAUUUCUUUAUAUGUUAUCAAUGAACGAGUAGUCCUAUUAUAAGGGUUAGGCAAUCCUGUUCAUUGAGCUCAGUGACCUCUUUAUUGGGAGUUAUGUACGCAAACAUACCAAGUUUAAGUUGUGGGAAGUAGGUUCCUCAGUAAUGGACAGAUCCUUUUACCAUAGACAUAUAUGAUGUAUACUUGUAACUUAUAAUGUGUUAUUGUAAACUUGUAAUUUCAAGGAAGAUUGAAGCACAACUUGGAUGUCACAAAACACUGAUUAAUGUUAUAGAAUUUGAUUAAUUCAAAAUUAUUUUGUGUAGUGUAUAAUUUUGAGAUUUAAUCAGUGUAGUAAUUUUGACACAUUUAGUUCAAUAUUAAAAAAAAAUAUGCGUAAAAUGAUUAAGAGCUGUGGCUCAAGAGAAAAGUGUUUUGCAGAUACGUAUUAAUAUUUAUACUGUACAAUAAACAAAAGUGUAGCCAGUAUCUAUUAGAUGAGUCAUUUAUACACAGUUAAAAAGGGGCCUGCUUGUGACAAGAUCAUAAAGAUGGUCUUGCAUGAAGUUCUAAUGAAUAACUGUAAAACAUGUUCAUUUUUCUUAGAUGUUAUUUCAAAAAUGUUAUGUGUAACAAAUCAACCAUUUUAUCUUAGAUAUGGAGAAAUUCUGGAAUCAAGAAUUAAUAAUGACUCAAAAAAUCUCAAAAAUAACUUAAUUUAUAAGUUUUAUGCUUAAAUGAAAUGUUUUACAGUUUCUCCCGGGACUUUAUGUAAGACUACAAAAGAUUCACUUGCACCAAGUCCUUGAAUUACAUCCUCAUUUUAGCAAAUACAUUGAAUAAAACAGAGGAAGCUUCACAGACUUGAUGCAUGACUAUUUUGUAUUAUGUAAAAUAUUAUGAGUGUUAUCAGUAUUACGCAUAACCCCCUACUCCACCAUUUCCGCAUGUUUCUACCUGUUCAAGUCCAAAUCUUCCAUUUGCUCCUGUUCCAAAGUCUAUAUAGUUACCAGAAGCACCAGGGUAGAUGACAAAACUAAAUUGAAAUAUAUAUGUAUACUGUAUAUGAAAAUUACACAAAAAUACAUUUUUGGAAUA